AUGGCCGGAGAAUCAGCAGACUUGCCGGCGGACCAACGUCGUGCUGAAGCCGCGCGAGGAGCAGUGCUGACGCAAGAGCCUACGGCUACUCAUUCGCCGUUGCAGGCACAAAACGACUAUCGAGUAUUAUUACCACGGCUUGUUCCGAGUGAGAAUGAAGCAGGCAAUACAUUGAAUUCGAUCAGUUCGAGGCCCCAGCGAAGUCCUAGGAAUGCCAAGGCUAGAAGUCGCGAUGUUGUUCAAAAAGUCAUGCGUGAAUCAAGAGUUCCCAGGCCACUUCUGCCAAAACCUGCGGUAGUAGGGGUGGAAGAAGAGCCUGAUGGUGUCCCAAAGGUUGUGCUGACCGAAGGAUCAAGGCAGAAGGAAGAAAACCAGGCGACGAGCCCCGUCAGGUCGAGGUUGAUGCGGAACCGGUGUCAAGUCAAGACCAGAUGUGGUAGAGAGGAAGAAAAAAGUUCCAAGGAAUUCGGGUUUGUGUCUUGGGAAGGGCCUGAGGAGAGGGAGGCCGUGUUGUUGGAUCGCGAGGGAGAGGGCAGUAAUUUACAAAGAAAGACUGGUUUGACAGAGGAGAGUGGUCAGAAGAGCAUAGCUCCGGGGAGAAGCUGUGAGUUGCCAGAUACGUAUUCCGGGUUGUCGCCGGCCGCCCCUCUCGUUCCGGCGACUAAAAAUCGGAGGGCGGAAUCGCACUCGCUCAAGAGAAAGUCCCGGUCCCAGCAGUCGAAGCGAGCAUCGAAGCGGCCUCGUAUCGAGGGUCGGCGAAACAGGAGCGAAUAUGACCAUCGGACUGACUUGAAGGAUGCUCUGCAGUGGCUUGAGGACCAAUACGAGAUCAAAAGCCAGUUAUCCUCGACGAAAGCCUGGUGCCAUCCUAUACCUCUGCCAAGAAAGAUCGAGACGGUACAGAACUUCUAUAAUGCCAUGCAUGAUCGAAAGACACUUCCAAUAUACACUUGCUUGAUCUGUUAUGGCAAGUAUGCCGAGGAAGAUCUGGAAUAUGUCAGCUGGGUUCACUGGCGGAGUCUUGUAGCUCGAAGGCACAAAUGGCCGGCGUCCGCAUGCUUGAGUUGUUUUCCGGACGGGGCCGAUAUCCCUUCGUGCAAGGGCUGCGCAAAACAAGUGAGGAAGAGAGUCUUUCCACCGGCGGCUAUUCUGCACGGCCGAUUGAAAUGUGAGCAUGCCUAUCCCGAAGAGUUGAAGGGCCUCACCCCAGUAGAGGAAAAGUUGAUCGCCCUCAACUCGUGCUAUGGCUUCUUCACAAAGCAUACCGUAGUGGCAGGCUGCAGCAACAGUGCCGACUAUGCAAAACAUGUAAAGGGGCAUAUCACCGUGUUCCCAAAUAAUGUGAAGGAUUUAGUUACAAAUGUCCUGCCGCACCCUCUCCUUCGGGUGAUGGAGGACAUCCACGUAUCAUGGCAUGGGACUGAGCGACCGCACGCUAAGGAUUUGGCUGGCCUUCUGUCGGUGCGAAGGAGGAAGGUGGAAGCAGCCUUGUUCUGGUUAAGGCACAAUAAUCCUCACUACAAGGAUAUCGAAAUCGACGGGGCCGAGAUGGAGACCUGGGAAAGGGAGUCGCACGGCGUCCCUUCUCAGAUACUAGACCGCCUUGAGAGAAAUGAGCCGACCGCGUUGGACAAGAUACGCACGGCACAGGUAGUCCCGCAGGCAGAACAAUGCGUUGACGAAAACGAGGUCCUGAGCAUCGACGAGAUCCUAGCUAGUCUAUCGCGGGAGGAGAACCAGUCCACAGGCAGUCAAUCGCCUGGUGUACGGCCAAGGCGACGGGAUGAAGUUGAAGAAGAUGUUGAACAGGAUGAAUGUGUAUGUGACUCCGUUCAGGAGAUUAAUGCCUCCGGGAUGUUUGCCCUGGAUGGCCGACCAGAGGUCACGGAUGCAGAAAAGCUGAGGUUCAUGUGCCACGCUAUGGGCAGUAAUGCCUCAGAAAGGGAGGAGAGUGUGGGAGCCGGACAUGCUACGGCCUCAGCGAGGGUACAACUCCCCAGGCAUGGAGAACCUUUCAUACAGGUGUCGCGCGGCGAUGAUUUCGCAGAUGCAUUCGAGCCUUCCUUCUUUCCGAAAGCCUUCCCCACGCUUUUCCCUUGGGGUGUAGGAGGCCCCAGGCUGGCGGAUGAGCAGGCUCCAGGCACCGGAGCCAAACUUGGAGCGGAACAUGAGCUUGCGUACAUGGGCCGAUGUCGUGUUGAGGCGACACGGGGGCCGGUUCGCAAACCAUCGGAUUUUUGCCUUCCUCAUUUCAACCUAGAGGUGCGAUGGAGGAAUCGGAGGGUCAGCCUGCUCAGCGUAAGCCGGCAGAGCUUCCCUAAUCUCGAGCGAGUCGUCCACUCGCUGAGCAAAUUAAGGUUAGAUGCGGCGAGAAAGGAGCUGGAGGAAAACGAACGGACCAGUGAUGAUGGCAUUCGCGAGCUCCUAAAGAGCAUCUCGCUGUACAGGGUUUCGACUCAUGACCCAGAAGAUGCGGAGGCGUUCUUGACGAGCCUCGAUAUGGCUUUCAAACGGGCUCGCUUAGCAGUUUCCGACCCGGUGAGUUCCGCAUUGUUCUUCCACAGAGAAAUAUCGCUUUUUUUGGAGCACUAUGUGAAAAUAGGUCAGGAUUCUGUGUUUGGCCGGAUUAGCCAAUAUUUUGGCGCCGUAGAAACCAACGAGCGUGGGGCGUUGCAUAUUCAUGGACUGCUUUGGCUGCACGGAAAUGCUCAGCUUGGGACACUGCUUAAAGAUUUAUGCGGUGAUGGCCAACAUAUCGAGAACAAGUCUCGCGAUACGCCGAUAGAAUUAGACCAGGAAGCCUCCUGUGCCAUACAAUCACAGAGGUCGGUGACAUCCAACGUGGCAGCAUUGUUGUCCGAUACCGAUCGAUUUGCGGCCGAGUUCGACGAGGAAGCCAACUUCUGCGCAGGCGCCACUCAGCAAGAGGACGGCGGGGCGUUGUCGGUUUGGGGCUCCUUGGCCGGCGGUGGAGAAGACGGGGUUUACGGAAGACGGGGUGCUGCGGAUCAGGCGGACACGCCCGAUGGUCAUCGUUGGAACAAGGCGAUGGCGGUUGGGCUAAGACACAAUCAUGACAUCUCCUUUAUCGCAACUCAAAGUAAAGCCAAGGCCAUCGUAUACUAUGUGACCAACUAUGCGACGAAGGUGGAGGACCCACUGUGGAAGCGGGCGGCGGCCGUGUCUGAAGGCUUCGACAGAAGACAAUCCAAGACUGGGCGUGCUACAUCGGGAGGGAUGUCCCAUGAGGAGGAGCCCGAAGGAAACAGGACGCGGAAGUUCAUGAUGAGAGUGGCCAAUCGUGUAUUCACAGAAAGGCCAUUGUCGCAAGUGGAGGUAGUGGCCAAUCUUCUGGGGUACCCGACGGAGUUCACAGGCGUCCAGGCGUGGACCUUUCUCAACGUUUCAUUGCUAUACUGGCACAUCGUCAAACAAUGGCAUCAUCAGCAGCUCUCCAACGGACACGGGGACGUCGGCGUAGGAAACGUCGACGAGGCAAUAACAGUUGAAGAAGCAGGAAGGCGUCUAUCCUAUGUGGAGGCUUAUGGCCAACGGGGCAACCUUCUCAGCCCAUUAUGUCUGUACGAUUACAUGACGCUUGUCAUGGUCAGGCGCAGAUCAGAGAAGAAGGCUGUUUGGGGAGAAGUGCCUUUCAAGACAGGGUCUUCUUUUGCAAGCGAAUGGGUCCAAGUUCUUCGAAGGCCUGGCAUGCAUGCGGUCGUAUGCCUCGACGGCUUUCUCAGCCUGGACUUCGAUGAGAGGAUGGAUGAUAGCUGUGUCAGUAGGGCGGCUGUACAGCACCUUGCCCUAUUCGUGCCGUGGGAAGACUUCUUGCGCGAGACCACGGCAGAUAUUGAUAGCGUGUGGAGAAGGUGUCGAGACUCUUUGCCGGGCCGGCUACAAUGCGUGGUGAAUAACGCCCAGCUGCUUCGACAAUCUGCCGAAGAUGCAAGGCGAGACGCGCGGCAAUGGGCUGCUACUUCUGGAGAAGGAGACCUCUCGAUGGACGUUGAUGACAAUGUGCCCAUGGACGGGCGGGAUGACGGUAAGGCGGCAUUCCGAUCUGACGAGAUUGGAGAUGCAGGGCGCCUGAUUGACCUUGUCCGAAGUGCCUCCAGCGCUGGACAGAUAACUGCUGGUUCGAGGGAGCUCGCAGAUGUAAUGCAGAGACUUUCGCAUUUCCAGCAGUCAGCAUUAUGCUCCCAAGACGAGCUACGGGCCAGCCGUUUAGCUGAAGGUGGCAAACGGAGAGUGGGCGAAGGCCUGGCCCAUCUCGAAGGUGUCGACAUCCCCUCGCAAGCUCAAGUGCGAGGGAUAAAAUCACAACAGAAAAGUGCAUCGAAGGAGGUGGAAAGCCUAGUCCAAGGCACCCAGAGGCGUUCACGCAAGGUGGAGGAAUGCGCGACCGCCUCGUGGCAGCGGCAAGAUGUAGUCGGGCUAGUCGAAGAGGUUGAAACGAUACAAUGUCCAACGGUCGGGCCAGCCGUUAAUCUCGAAUGGCGCGUGUCGGAUUCAUUUUAUGCAGAAGGGGAGCGUAUUUCUGAGGCUUUUACAUUAAACACUCGCCAGUGCGCAGCCCUGUUGUUGAUAUGCAGGCACCUUGAUAGCAUCCAGCAUGUUCAACGUGAGACCGACGUGGAGCAGCUCUGCCAAUUCAUUGGCGGAGAAGGCGGGACGGGCAAAUCGCGGAUCAUCGAGGCAAUCGUGGAACUUUUCACGAGGAGAGACGUCGGACAUAGGCUACUUGUCACAGCAACUUCCGGAACGGCUGCCGCGCGCAUCAACGGCAUCACCAUCCACUCAGCAUGCAACCUUUCAGUAGAACAGCGCUCAGCUUCGGCAGUAUCGAAGAGGUUGGACGGGGCGCAAGCGUCUGGACCUGGGCUGAGAUUUGUCAGUGGGCAGUCCCGGAUGCACUGGCAGGACAAGCAACUUUUGAUCCUCGAUGAAGUUAGCAUGCUAGGGGCCCGCACGCUGUUUGCCAUCAACGAACAACUGCAGUCUCUUCGUGGCUCAUCACGGGAUUUUGGCGGCAUACCCAUUGUCCUUUUCUGCGGAGAUUUCCAUCAGUUCAGGCCUGUGCAGGAGAGAUUGAUGCUACUGCCGAGCACCAUGACCUCGUGGGACGACGAUGCAAGUUUACGAAUAGAGCAGAGGCAUGAGCACGAUGUAGCGCAUGCUCUCUGGAAGCGGUUCUCCACAGUCGUGAUGUUGAACGAGCAGGUGCGAGCAGCUGGAGACCCUGAACUGCAGGGUCUUCUGACAAGAAUCCGCCAGGGCUCGCAAACCCAGGCGGACCUGGACCUUCUGAAUGACAGAUGCUAUGAAGAGGGCAAGAGGAUCCCUUGGGAGACGGGGAUCACUGUUGUAACACCAUUAAACAGAAACCGGUGGAACCUGAACAUGGAGGCCACUGUAGCCUUUCAGAGGCAACGGCAAGCCACACUUCGAAUCUUCCUGUCCGAACACAAGUGGGUCGACGGCCAGCCAACCGAAGAGGAAGCCAUCAUGAUGCAGAGUCAAGGAGAUGAUAGUGGCAUCCCGGUACCAUCAGUCUUCAUGUUCGUUCCUGGCAUGCCGAUCGUCGUCAAUAAGAACACACUGCAGGGAUUGAAGCUUGUGAAUGGAGCGUCGUACACGGCCGUUGACGUGGUGCUGGAUAAGGUGUACCCGGGCCACCGGAUCUCGGCCGACACGAUUCUCCACUUCGGCCCGCCGGCAGCGUUAGUGCUCAUGGCAGACUCAACCAAGACGUUCAAUUUUGUUGGCAUGCCACCUGGCACUAUACUGCUGGCGCCGUUGAGGACCAGGAUCAAUUGCGAAAGGAAGCGACCGUGGCAGCAGACGGAUUGUUCGCGGAAGGGGUUGCCCUGCACGGCAGCCUUCGCCUGCACAGACUACAAGGUGCAGGGCCGAACGCUGCAGCGCGUGGCUUUGGAGCUACGUGGAACCCGGACAACCAACAUCAACGGUGAAGCAGUCCCGCUAGCUUGCGAUCCAUGUAGCCUGUACGUUCAACUAUCCCGUUGCCCAACAUUAGACGGCAUCAUGUUAUUGUCAAAGGUCAGAAAAAGAGAUUUUAUUGGGAACACGGCAUCGGAGAUCAUGGUCGCCGCAAAGAACCGACUUGAGGAGCUGAGCGAGACGACUUUAAUGGAAUUCAAAACGUGGCAGACAAAUUUUGAGGCCGAGAAAGCAGCUUUGACAGCGCAUGGAAGGGGGAGCCUUUAA